AUGAUAAAUAGUCAUCAUACUAGCUAGUAAACACUAAAUAAGGAAAGCAAAAGCUAGAUGGAUAAAAGUUACAAUAUAGAUGACAGUAUUGUUGAUGCUAAAUUUGAAAAUUACACAAAAAAAUAUCAAGAUGAUAAAUUAAACAAAAUUCUACAUACUUACAUCAAAAAUCCAUAAAUUUUAAUGGAUGAAGAAAAAGAAAUAAAGGAAAGAUUUUUAGCUAAACAAAUGAAAGAUGUAGCUGCCACCAAGUAAAAAUUUGACACUAAAAAUAAACUUCAACAAUUAGAAUUAGAAAACGAAAAUUCACAAAACAACUCGUACAAAACCUCUAACAACUUAUCUAAAGAAGAGGUCAUUGCAGUUUUAUAAAAACAAAAUAGAAAGAGUCAAGUCAAUUCAGUGCUCGCUGAUAACUCAAAUAUUCAAAAUGAUUUUUAUCCUUAGUAUAGAAAGCCAAAGAAUCCUACCACAAAAAAACGAUAAAGCACAGAUUACACAAAAAGAAACACAUUUUAAUUAGAGAAUUUGAAUAUUUAAUAACAAUUAAAUAAUAAAGAUUCACUAAAUUAACAAAAUUAAUAGUAACAAGAUUUGGCUAAAAAUAGAGUAGAUAAUUCAUAAAACUAAGACAUUUAAGCUAGACUUUAUGAAAGAACAGAAUUGUAAAAGUUAAGAAUCAAGUAAAAAGAAGAAGAAUAAGCAGCCCUGAAAAAUAAGAGAUAAACAAAUAGAAGCUAAUCUAUUGAAUAAAAUGUUAAUUUCGUGCAGAAUGAUAAUUAAAAGCUCAUAGAUAGACAUAAAGAAUAUUUAAAGCAGCUUAAACAGUAAGUAACAAUAGAAAAAGAAACAUAAAAGCAGCUUAAGAAGAAAGAUGAAGAAAACAAAAUUAGAUUAAGAAACUCUGUCUUAGCUUCAAUCAAAAACGAUUUAACCGAACAAAGAAAAUUAAUAUAGGAAAAUCAUAAUUUAUUUUUAUCAAAGAGCACAGUAUCAUAAAGUGCAAAGCAAAUAUCCCUUCCUGAAAUAAACUAGUCUUUAACUAUUUGUUUGGAAAAGCAAAAGAGUGAAGUUGAGCAGGAAAAGAAGGCCGUUUUGACUAGUUAAGCUUUUUUCAGAUAAAGCUCUUUGAGGGAAAUAGAAGAAACAAAUGAAAAAAUAGAAUCAAAGACUAAUUUGUCUAAAGUAAAAAAACUUAGACCUUUGCCAUUUAUAAGCUCUAUGGUUGAAUGGAAAAAAAAGCAAAGAAUUCCUGCUGAUUCUAAAAUAUUUAUAGUUAUGGGAGGAUACAAAGAUUUUAAGAAAGCUCUUUUAAAGAGAGGGUGGAUAGAAAACCCAUAAACUAAUAGUCCUUGUUUUGAUCUGAAAUGGACUUUGUUAGGAAAAGAUAUUGACUAUGAUAAUAUUUUACCUAAUUAAAUAGUAAAUCAUUUUGAAAAUAAUUCGAAAAUAUGCUCAAAAAUAGGAUUGCUAAAUAGUCUUAAAAAUUUAUAUUGGUUUGACAAUGCAGACCUAAAUUGUUUUUUUCCUUAAUGUUUCGAUAUGAAUGAUCCUGAUGAAUUUAAUGACUUCGUCAAAAAUUUUAAGCUCAGCAAAGCUGUUUCAGUUUUGAAAAAGUAUUUAAGAUUAUAUCUUGAAAAAGAUGAAAAAUAUAACAACUGUAAAAUACAGGCUUAAGUAGCUCUUUAGGUUCUUACACGUUAUUAUAAUGAUAUUAAUAAUGUAAUAGAUGACGAAAAAUAAGCAUCCGAAUAUUUUAAAAGUAUUCCAGAUGACGAAUGGGAAAUCCUUGCUUCAGACGAAAUGAGUAAUGAGGAUUUAGCAAAAAAAAAACAUUUCGAAUGGAUAAAAAAAAUAAAAUUGGCUUAUUAGGGAAUUAAGGUCAAAGCUUAAGUCAAAAAGAAAAAGAAAAAAUCACUAGCUAUGAUUAAAAAAAUGAUUUCAAACGAGGCAAUAAAAAGAAAACAAGAUGGAGAAAAGUAAUAAAUUGAUAGCAGCGACAGUGAAGAUGAAGAAGUUGAAAUGGAUGAUUUUACAUCAGCAGUUAAUUAAUUUUUAAAUCAAAGAGAAAAAUGUGAUCCAUAGUUUAAUCUAAAAGGAGAGGAUAAUAUUUGGAUAGUAAAACCUGCAGGAUUAUCAAGGGGAAGAGGAAUAACUUGCUAUAAAAAUUUAGUUGAGAUAAUUGAUCAUGCAAAAUCAAUGGAACUCUAAAUGAUAGUCCAAAAAUACAUUGAAAAUCCUGUUUUAAUAAAAUAAAGAAAAUUCGAUAUUAGAAUAUGGGUCCUUGUUACAGAUUGGAAUCCUUUAGCAAUAUGGUAUUUUGAUGAAUGUUACGUUCGCUUUAGUGCUGAUAGCUACUCAACAAAAAAUCUAAGCAAUAAAUUCUAGCAUCUCACAAAUAAUGCUAUCAGUAAAAAGAAGGCUUAAUAAGGAUAAGAUGAAAUAACUUUAUAAGGGAAUAUGUAUACUUAAGAGUAGCUUGAGAACUUUUUUAUAGAAACUGAAGGAUAUAAUGUAUUCUAAUAGAAAAUAAAACCUCAAAUUAUAAAUAUAAUAAAAUGGUCAAUUUUAUCUUGUUCUGACACAGUUGAAUCAAGGAAAAAUAGUAUGGAAUUGUUUGGGUAUGACAUUAUGAUUGAUACAAACUUUAAUCCUUGGCUGUUAGAAGUUAAUACAUCUCCUUCUUUAGAAUAUUCCACAGAAAUUACUAAAAAACUUGUUAAAUAAGUUUUAGAAGAUGUUGCUAAAGUAGUUGUGGAUUAUGGUAUGGCUCAAAAAAGUGGAAUCAAAAAAUCAGAAUUAUAGAAAAUUGGCACAGGAAAAUUCAUAAAAAUUUAUUAGGGAUUAGAGAUUUAAGAUAAAGGAAUCAACUCUAUAUAAAAAAACUUUAUCUGUGAAGGAUCUAAAAUGAAGAUAAGAAAACCAAAAAAGCAAAAGAAAAAUACUAAAUUAGAUAAAAAACAAAAUUUACAACAAGAUUUAACAAUAAAUAAUUAAAUAAACCAUGAUUAAAAAUAAUUUUCUUCUUAAUAAGCCAACAAUAUAGAAACAUAUUCUAGACCAUAAACUGCAAAAUCAUAAACUUAAAGUAGUAAAAAAUUGUGA